AAACGUCUGUAUUAAUCAUGACCCCGGAAGUAAAUGGGGGGAGGGGUGGUUUUGCAGGGGGAAGAAACUUUGGCGUGACAUCGUCCAGGUGAAGUACUAACAGGACUUCAGAGUAGUAGGCGACAAGGUAAACAUGGAAGAAGUUUUUGUGAACAAGACGAUUUCUCGUGACCUUGGGAGAGUUCUUGAUGUUGAGCCCCAGGUUGGCUAUAAAGCCAAGGCCUUCACCAAAGCAUUCCUUCAGAACAGCACUGAGCACCAUACACAUCUUGAUACACAAAGUUUGUUGGAUCGCAAGGCAUUGAUUUUGAAGUAUGCCAGACCUAAGAAAAGCAAACUCAAGAACAGGAGAGCCAAAGGUUUAAAUGCUCAGCAAAAGAGGAAAUUAAAGAUCUUCAAUAUAAAGACUGAACACCAGAGAUAUGAGCUUUUCCUGCCUCUGCAUGAUCUCUGGAGACAGUAUAUCAUUGACCUUUGUGGUCGUUUAAAUCAAACGAGUAGUCCACAGGCUAUCCAGCAGAAGCUUUUGAAGGCAGACUUGCAUGGUGCCAUCAUGACAGUGGUUCGGUCCAAAUGUCCAUCCUAUGUCGGGACAACAGGUAUUCUGAUCCAGGAGUUCAAACAUGUGUUCAAAUUUAUCACCCAACAAGACAAAAUGAAAGUAAUACCGAAGAGGAACAGCGUUUUUCAAGUUGAGAUCAAUGGUUUUAUCUCUCACAUCUACGGAAGCAAGUUUGAGCAUCGAGCGAGCGAACGCUCCGCCAAGAAGUUCAAAGUCAGUGGAAGUAUUGACUUGUGAUUGCAGACAAUCUGGUGCACCUGGAGACUUGUACUGCAAUGCACAUUAAAUAAAUAUAAAAGUAUUCACUAUUAAUGCUCAAAUAUGUAAUUUUUAAUUUUGAAAUCAAAGGAGAACAUUCAAUACUCAAGUGUAGUCCUUGACUUGAAAAUGCCUUAGUGACCAAAGAAAAACCUCUUUUUGCAAAGAUUUUAAAACGGUAGUAAAAAUGUUUGAAAACAAAAAAAAAAAAAAUCAUUUUGCAAGAAAAAUAAAUAGGUCAGUCCAUUUCCUGGAAAAGCAAUGAUCUGAUGGUCCAAAUGUGGUCUGUGGAUUUUAAGUUUGACACCUGUUUUAUGAUUUUGCGUGUCUGUGUGUAAUUGCAGUUUGUUCAUAGUUAUUGGCCAAUAAUUGCAGAGAGAUAUUAUUUUUCAUCAUUGAUAAGUUUACCCGAGAAAUAUAUGUAUGUAUACAGUGGGGCAAAAAAGUAUUUAGUCAGCCACCGAUUGUGGAAGUUCUCCCACUUAAAAGGGAGACAGAGGUCUGUAAUUUUCAUCAUAGGUACACUUCAACUGUGAGACAGAAUUUGAAAAAAAAAAUACAGGAAUUCACACUGUAGGAAUUUUAAAUAAUUUAUUUGUAAAUUAUGGUGGAAAAUAAGUAUUUGGUCAACCAUUCAAAGCUCUCACUGAUGGAAGGAGGUUUUGGCUCAAAAUCUCACGAUACAUGGCCCCAUUCAUUCUUUCCUUGACACGGAUCAAUCGUCCUGUCCCCUUAGCAGAAAAACAGCCCCAAAGCAUGAUGUUUCCACCCCCAUGCUUCACAGUAGGUAUGGUGUUCUUGGGAUGCAACUCAGUAUUCUUCUUCCUCCAAACAUGACGAGUUGAGUUUAUACCAAAAUGGAUACAUGGAUGAUACAGCAGAGGAUUGGGAGAAUGUCAUGUGGUCAGAUGAAACCAAAAUAUAACAUCAUAGAAAAUCUGUGGAGGGAGUUGAAAGUCCGUGUUGCUCGGCGACAGCCCCAUAACAUCACUGCUCUCGAGAAGAUCUGCAUAGAGGAAUGGGGCAAAAUACCAGCUACUGUGUGUGCAAACCUGGUAAAAAAAAAUAUAGAUAUAUAUUACAGUCGUGGUCAAAAGUUUACAUACACUUGUAAAGGACAUAAUGUCAUGGCUGUCUUGAGUUCUUAAUAAUUUCUUACGAACAAUUGUCUGCACAGUUGCUCUUAGGACCUUAAGCUGCUUUGAAAUGACUCGUUCAAGUCAAGAAUUAUAUUUUUCAGAUCUGUGCUGAGUUCUUUUGACUUUCCGAUGAACCGAGUCUGACUGCAUCAUAUGAGCCCUAUUUAAAUGGGCACAGAGAAGUCAACAGGUGUUGUCAAUCAUAGUCACUCACCUGAAGAUAAGAAGCCAUGCCAUGAAGCCAAUUUGAUUUCAUUGUAACAUUUCUACAUCACCAAAAUUGAUCAUGUAUGUUGCUGUAUGUAUACUUUUGACCCAGCAGAUUUGGUCACAUGUUCAGUAGACCCAUAAUAAAUUCAUAAAAGAACCAAACUUUCUGAUUUUUUUUGACAAACAAGUAUGUGCUCCAAUCACUCUAUCACAAAAAAAUAAGGGUUGUACAAAUUAUUGGAAACUUAAGACAGCCAUGACAUUAUGUUCUUUAGAAAUGUGUGUAAACUUUUGUGUGUGUGAGUGUAUAUUUUUUUCUUUUUUGUAUUGUCAUGACUGGACAAUUGGUUUGCUUUAAUUAAUUGUUUUUAAAUAUUGUUAUUUUUAACAGCUUACGCAAUAUAGACAGACAUGCUUUCGUGACAAUAAAAGAUUUACCAUCAGUG